AGUUAGUUCGAGUCUUUGAACGCGUUAGAAUGUUUCUACUCAGUAUCGCGGCAAUUGUUUUGAUAUCGUGUAUAGUGCUGUACGGCAAGAGAUAUGCACGGGUCGUUAGACACAUUGACGGACAAUUUCCAGGACCAAGAGCUUAUCCGGUAUUCGGCAAUUUAUUGCAAUUGGGUUUUACGCCAGACGCUUAUUUGAGAACACUAUUAAAAUGGGGUGAACAGUACGAUUACAAAAACAUGCGUCUUUGGGCUGGACCACUGCCUUAUGUGUUAAUAAUGGAAACCAAGUAUCUUGAGCAUGUGCUAAGUAGUACCACUUUGGCAUAUAAAGAAGAUCCUUAUAACUUGCUGUAUCCCUGGCUGGGCAGAGGACUUCUCACUUCAAAUGAUCAUCAAUGGGCCGUACGUCGGAAGCUGAUAACGCCUUCAUUCCAUUUUAGAAUCCUUAAGGACUUUCUGCAUGUUAUUAAUGAGACAACUGGUCGCUUUAUGACGCUGCUGGAAAAAGAAUCUGCUACAGCUCACAAUCAGAUGAUCGAUAUUCAAGAACUGGUCACGAGGAAUACUAUUGACGUUAUUUGUGAGACUGCAAUGGGCUUUCGGGUUAACAGCAUUGAGGGGAAACCUUCGCCGAUAGUUGAAGCCAUAAGUAUCCUCUGCAACGUUAUUCCCGAACGUGCAUUUGCCGUUGUGAAGCGCAUUGACUUCUUCUUCAAAAUGACCCCAUUAUACAAACAGCAGCAGGAAGCUCUGGCCACUUUACGUGAAGAGUUUGCAAAGAUUAUUGAAGAGCGUCGCCUAUUUAUUAAUUCUUCAAGUUAUCAAGCGUCGUUAAAAAGUAAUGCUGAUGUCUUCGAUUCCAAGCGUCCUAAAAUGGCAUUCCUUGACAAUCUUCUGACCGCCGAGGUGGAAGGUAAACCAAUGUCAUUCCAAGACAUUUUUGAAGAAGUUUCAACAUUUAUGUUUGAGGGUCACGAUACCACAGCCUCGGCGAUAACAUUUGCCAUUUUGUGCAUGGCAUUAACGCCCGAGACUCAACAAAAGGCAUAUGAGGAGCAACUGAAAAUCUUUGGGGAUGAUAAAACACGUCAUCCCACAUACGAUGAAGUGCAAGAGAUGAAGUAUCUGGAGCUGGUGAUCAAGGAGACAUUGCGACUUUUUCCUAGUGUGCCAUAUAUUUUUCGCUUUAUUCGGAAUUCGACUGUAAUUUUGGAUAAAUACUUUCCGAAAGGGACGACAAUUGCAUUGCCCAUUUUGUCAAUCGGACAUAGUCCCCACAGUUUUGAUGCGCCUUUUGAAUUUCAACCCGAACGCUUCGAGGUUGACAAACGCUCCAAAGCAAGUGCCUUCGACAAUGUGCCCUUCAGUGCCGGACCCAGGAACUGUAUAGGUCAAAAGUUUGCGCUGCUUGAGCUUAAAGUGACGCUGUCUAAAUUACUUCGCAAAUUUCAAAUUCUGCCUGCUCCUUUGUCGAAGCAGACCAUAGCUCAAAUCUUCAAUCCUCGCUAUCGACCUGGACCGCAAGAAGUGAAACUCCAAGUGGCCGUAACGCUCAAGUCCAUGACAGGAGUUUUAGUUCGACUCCAAAAGCGACCAUAUCGGAGUGUAUCGCAGCGUGUGGUUGAAAUGUGGUUUAUUUUGUAUGCCAUACUGGCAUUGCCAGUGUUAUUGUUUUUAUAUUUCGAACUGAGAGUGGCUAAUAAAAAACGUGUGCUAAAUAAAAUAAGAGGCCCGCCAACAUUGCCUGUAAUUGGGAAUGCACAUCAAGUGGGCAAAAAUCCAACCGAAAUUCUGAAUACUUUCUUCGAUUGGUGGUAUACUUACGAUAAAGAUAACUUCCGCUUUUGGGUUGGAUAUUAUGCCAAUGUUUUUAUUUGCAACCCCAAACAUUUGGAGUAUAUAUUGAGCAGCAACACAUUGAUUACUAAAUCGGAUAUUUAUGACAUGCUGCAUCCAUGGCUUGGAACUGGAUUACUAACUGGAACUGGCAGCAAAUGGCACAAGCAUCGCAAAAUGAUAACGCCCUCAUUUCAUUUCAACAUUCUUCAAGACUUCCACACAGUCAUGAAUGAGAACUCGACCAAAUUUAUUAAACAACUGAAGAAGGUUUCAGCCGGCGAUAGUAUUUUCGAUUUUCAAAAUGAAACACACUAUUUGACACUGGAUGUGAUCUGUGAGACCGCCAUGGGAGUGCCCAUCAAUGCUAUGGGACAACACGACUCAAGUGUAGUGAAGGCAUUUAAGGAUAUGUGCUACAACCUUAAUAUGAGAGCCUUUAACCCUCUGAAGCGAUCGGAGACGCUCUAUCGUUUCGCCCCUGACUACGAGGAAAAUUCCAAGACUCUUAAGAUUCUGCAGAAUUUUACCAACGAAAUCAUUGAGAAGCGCAUUGAGGCCCAUCGCACAGGCACCGCCAAGAAAAUCGAGGGCGAUGAGUUUUCACGCAAGAAAAUGGUCUUCAUGGACGUGUUGCUUUCAUCCACGAUUGAUGGUCGCCCCUUGACACAGCAGGAGAUCUACGAGGAGGUUUCCACCUUUAUGUUUGAGGGUCACGAUACUACCACAUCGGGUGUAGCCUUUGCUGGCUACUUGCUCUCUCGGUUCCCCGAAGAACAACGCAAAUUGUAUGAGGAGCAGCAAGCAGUGAUGGGCAAUGAAAUGCACCGCGACGCGACUUUCCAGGAAAUCGCCGAUAUGAAGUACUUGGACUUGUUUAUCAAGGAAGCUCAACGCGUUUACCCCAGUGUACCAUUUAUUGGACGAUACACAGAAAAGGACUAUGAUAUACAUGGCACCAUUGUACCCAAAGGCACAACCCUUAAUUUGGCACUUAUUAAUUUGGGGUACGAUGACCGCACUUUCAAGGAUCCGCUUCGCUUCAAGCCCGAACGCUUUGAAACUGAAAAGCCCGGUCCCUUCGAGUAUUUACCCUUCAGUGCAGGACCACGUAACUGCAUUGGACAGAAGUUUGCCCUGCUCGAAAUUAAGACUGUAAUCUCGAAGUUAGUGCGUAGCUUUGAGGUGCUACCCGCCAUGGAUGAACUGAUCUCGAAGGAUGGUUACUUAAAUACCUAUAUCGGACUGCCGACGGCAGAGAAAUUGCGAAAAGAAAAACAAGGUCACAAAUACGAUCCCAUUUUGUCAGCUGUGCUAACACUAAAGUCAGAGAAUGGCCUGUAUCUGCGUUUACGCGAAAGAAAAUGAUUUCUUCUUAUUUUGUAUUUAUUAUAUUUACAAUACACAGCUUUUUAUUGUUGAAAUGU